UUCAACUCUUCCACCAUGGCAUUUAAGUUCGUAGUUUUCGCUGCUUUGAUCGCCGCUGCUCGUGCUGGUGUCAUCGGUGCUCCUGCUGUUGCAGCCCCUCUUGCUUAUGCUCAUGCUGCCCCCGUAGCCCGCUAUGCCGCCCCUGUGGCCUAUGCUCAUGCUCCAGUUGUGGCUCACGCCGCCCCAGUUUUAGCUCAAGCUGCCCCCGUCGCCGUCGCCAAGACUGUUGUCGCCGACGACUACGACCCUCAUCCACAAUAUUCCUACGGAUACGAUAUCCAAGACGGUUUAACCGGCGAUAGUAAAAACCAACAAGAAUCUCGUGAUGGAGAUGUUGUUCACGGCAGUUACUCCCUCACCGACCCUGAUGGCACCAGACGUACUGUUGAAUACACCGCUGACCCCAUUAACGGAUUCAACGCUGUUGUCCACAAAGAACCUCUCGUAGCCAAAGCCGUCGUUGCCCCAGCUGUCGCUAAAGUAGCCGCCCCUGUGGCUUACGCCGCCCCACUUGUCGCCUUCACCGCUGUUAUCGCCGUUGCCCGUGCUGGGCUCAUUGGUGCCCCCGUCGCCGCCCCCUUAGGCUACGCUGCCCCCGUAGCCCGCUAUGCCGCCCCUGUGGCCUAUGCUCAUGCUCCAGUUGUGGCUCAUGCUGCCCCCGUCGCCGUCGCCAAGACUGUUGUCGGCGACGAUUACGACCCCCAUCCACAAUACUCCUACGGAUACGACAUCCAAGACGGUUUAACCGGAGACAGCAAAAACCAACAAGAAACCCGUGAUGGUGAUGUUGUCCACGGCAGCUACUCCCUCACCGACCCCGAUGGCACCCGCCGUACCGUUGAAUACACCGCUGACCCCAUCAACGGAUUCAACGCUGUUGUCCACAAAGAACCCCUCGUAGCUAAGGCUGUUGUUGCCCCAGCUAUCGCUAAAGUAGCCGCCCCCUUGGCUUACGCCGCCCCUGUAGCUAAAGUAGCCGCUCCUUUGGCCUAUGCUGCCCCCGUAGCCAAAUACUACCACUAAGUCGACUGCUAUGUUUUAGUAUAAAUUAAUUUAUUGAAGUUUAAUAAAAGUCAUAUUAUCUAA